AUGGCCGACAUCAUCUCUUCAAAAAUGGCGGACAAACCCGAGCUCCAGCAAGAUCUAGCCGGCAAAGUCGCACUGGUAACUGGAGCGUCUCGGGGAAUCGGCCGGGCGAUAGCCUUGCAACUAGCAAGCCGGGGAGCCUCCGUCCUCGGUACCUGCUCUUCAACAGCAUCGGUACACCACAUCGAGUCUAUCGCUCAAGAGGUUCAGGAGCUGUACAAAUCGAGUGGACAUUGUGCGCCAGUGAUUGUUGGAAUCGCGGCCAACGUUCUUGCGCAAGAGUCUCCGCUGCUGAUUGCAGAGACAAUAGAAAACACUUUCGACAGCAAGCUCGACAUUGUCAUCAACAACGCGGCGUACUACGAGUUCCGACAGAUGGGAGAGCUUGAUGCGGAUUAUGUUGACAAGUUGUUGUUGGGCAAUGUUCAUAAUCUGAUCAUGUUGAUGGAAACAUGCUUCAAGAAAGGGCUCAUUCAGCCCAACUCGAGGAUUGUGAAUGUAUCAAGCGAUACCACGAGGACAAGCCUACCCUUUCCUGAAAUGUUCGUCUUUACCUGCACAAAGGCCGCAAUGGAAUCAUUGACGCGUUCUUGGUCCGACAUUCUGAGCCGUCAUGAAACGACCUUGGGCACAACAGUCAACACGCUCGCAGUUGGCCCUACUGCCACAGAUGCGCUACUAAACGCCCCUGUCCAUCUCCAGACCCGUGCGGCCGAGGUGCUUCGGUCGGGUACAUCGGUAGCUGGUGGAGUUGGACAUCCACAGGACAUUGCGGAUAUUGUUGGUCUGCUUGUGAGCGAAAAGUCUAGGUGGAUCAACGGCAGCGUUGUUUGCGCAACUGGGGGGCUUACAAAAAUACUGUAA